GCGCGCGCCCCCCGGCGGCGGGAGGCGGCGGUGCGGGCGGUGCCGGCGGCGCUCGGUCCGCGGAGCCGCGAUGAGCCCGGGCGGGACCCGCACCCGCACCCGCACCGGGACCCGCGCCCCGCACCGGCACCGCUGCUCCGGCAUGGGGCUGCGCCCGCACUAGGAGCCGAGUCCCCCCGGGGCGCCAUCCGCCACCUCCCCUCCCCCUCCCGAGGAGGAUGGCGGCGGCGGCCGCCCCGACCCAGCUGGAAGCCGAGCUCUACUACCUGAUCGCACGGUUCCUGCAGUCCGGACCCUGCAAGAAAUCCGCCCAGGUACUGGUGGAGGAGCUGGAGGAGCACCAGCUGAUUCCGCGGCGCCUGGACUGGCAGGGCAAGGAGCACCGCCGGAGCUUCGAGGACCUGGUGGCUGUCAAUGCACACAUUCCUCCGGAUUAUCUUCUUAGGAUCUGUGAGAGACUUGGACCCCUCUUAGACAAGGAAAUCCCCCAGAGUGUCCUGGGGGUGCAGACUUUGCUGGGUGUCGGGCGCCAGUCUCUCCUGAGGGCAGCAAAAGACUUCAGACACACACUAUGGAAAGGAUCUGCAUUUGCAGCUCUGCACAGGGGCCGACCCCCCGAACUCCCAGUGAACUACGGGAAGCCACCAAACGUGGUUCAUAUCCUUUCUGCCAGGCAAUUAACUGGAUGUGGCCGUUUCAGCCACUUGUUCCCAACAUCCACCUACCAACAUAUGAAGAUGCACAAGAGGAUUUUGGGGCACCUCUCCUCUGUUUAUUGCAUAGCCUUUGAUCGUAGUGGGAGGAGAAUUUUUACAGGGUCAGAUGACUGUUUGGUGAAGAUCUGGGCCACGGAUGACGGGCGCCUGCUGUCCACCCUGCGGGGCCACUCGGCCGAGAUCUCGGACAUGGCCGUCAACUACGAGAACACGCUGCUGGCGGCGGGCAGCUGUGACAAGGUGGUCAGGGUGUGGUGCCUCCGGACCUGUGCCCCCCUGGCAGUCCUGCAGGGCCACUCAGCUUCCAUCACUUCCAUACAGUUCUCUCCAGCAAGGAAAGGAACAACUCGAUACCUCACUUCCACUGGUGCCGACGGAACAAUCUGUUUCUGGCAGUGGCAUGCGAACACCAUGAAAUUCAAGGAUCGUCCUGUGAAGUUUGCAGAGAGGUCCAGGCCUGGUGUUCAGAUCUCCUGUUCAUCUUUCAGUUCUGGUGGCAUGUUCAUUGCAACAGGGAGUACUGACCAUGUGAUAAGAAUUUAUUAUUUGGGCUCAGAAUCCCCAGAGAAGAUGGCUGAGCUGGAAUCUCACACGGACAAAGUGGUUGCAGUGCAGUUCUGUAACAACGGUGACAGCUUAAGGUUUGUCAGUGGAAGCAGGGAUGGAACAGCAAGAAUCUGGCACUACCAUCAGCAUGACUGGAAGAGUCUGGUCCUGGAUAUGGCUACAAAAAUGACAGGAAACAACGUGGCAUCUGGAGAGGACAAGGUCACCAAGCUGAAGGUUACCAUGGUGGCUUGGGAUCGAUACGAUGCCACCGUCAUCACUGCAGUCAACAAUUUCCUCCUCAAAGUGUGGAACUCAUCCACAGGGCAGCUUCUCCAUAGCUUAUCUGGUCACGAUGAUGAAGUUUUUGUUCUGGAGGCUCAUCCCUUUGACCAAAGGAUUGUGCUUUCGGCAGGACACGAUGGGAAUAUUUUUGUUUGGGAUAUAGACAAAGGAACAAAAAUUCGCAAUUACUUUAACAUGAUUGAGGGCCAAGGCCAUGGAGCUGUUUUUGAUUGCAAGUUCUCACCAGAUGGGCAGCAUUUUGCCUGCACAGACUCCCAUGGACAUCUGCUACUAUUUGGUUUUGGAUGCAAUAAAUAUUAUGAAAAGAUUCCUGAUCAGAUGUUCUUCCACACGGAUUACCGGCCCCUGAUCCGAGAUGCCAAUAAUUAUGUGCUGGAUGAACAGACUCAACAGGCUCCACACCUUAUGCCUCCUCCAUUCCUGGUGGAUGUUGAUGGAAAUCCUCAUCCCACGAGAUUCCAGAGACUGGUGCCAGGGAGGGAAAAUUGCAAGGAUGAACAACUUAUUCCUCAGUUGGGAUAUGUGGCUAAUGGUGAUGGUGAGGUGGUCGAACAAGUCAUCGGGCAGCAAACCAACGACCAGGAUGAGAGUAUCCUUGAUGGAAUGAUCAGAGAGCUCCAGAGGGAACAAGAUCUGAGACUAAUUAAUGAAGGAGAAACUCUUCCAAACCCUCCACUCAACAGAUCCCACUCUGUUAAUGGAGCUCUUCGUAGCCCAGGCUUGGACGUGGCCUCCCCACCCAACGUGGGGCUGCGGCGGAGCGGGCAGAUCGAGGGCGUGCGGCAGAUGCACCACAACGCGCCCCGCAGCCAGAUGGCCACCGAGAGGGACCUCAUGGCCUGGAGCAGGAGGGUGGUGGUCAACGAGCUCCCUCCAGGCAUCAGCAAGGUCCAGGAAGAAUGCCGAGCUGCCAAAGGUGAAAUAGAAAUCAGUUUAUACACUGCUGACAAGAAGAGAAAGCCAUCCCACACUUUACAGCGGAGCGAAUUCCAGGCGGGAGGCAGCCGCUCCCUGCGCAGGAACCAGCGGAAGCGGCAGCACGCGUACCAGACCCGCUCCGCCAUCGAGCACAGCCAGCAGGGAGCCAGCCAGAACCCCUGUGCCCGCCACGAGUCCGACAGCUCCUCUGAGGAAGAUGAGACUGUUGGCACGAGUGAUGCAUCCAUGGAUGAUCCUGUGGCAGCCUGGCAGAGUGAAAGCAGUUCCAGUGAUUCAUCAAGUGAAUAUUCAGACUGGACAGCAGAUGCUGGGAUUAAUCUGCAGCCUCCAAAGAGACAAACCAGGCAGGCAGCUCGGAAAAUCUGUAGUAGUUCUGAAGAUGAAAAUAUGAAGGGAACAAAAGGGCUGGAGCCAAAGCGAAGGAAACUCAAACAGCCAAGGAAAAAGAAAGCCAGUGGGCUGCUGUCCCUGGAAGGGGAGCCCAGUGAGGAGUGGCUGGCCCCACAGUGGAUCCUGGACACCAUUCCCCGGCGCUCGCCCUUCGUGCCCCAGAUGGGAGAUGAGAUCAUCUACUUUAGACAAGGCCAUGAAGCUUAUGUGAGGGCAGUGAGGAAGGCCAAAAUUUACAGUAUUAACAUGCAAAAACAACCAUGGAACAAAAUGGAACUCAGGGAACAAGAAUUUGUGAAGACUGUAGGAAUUAAAUAUGAAGUUGGGCCUCCCACACUUUGCUGCUUGAAGCUUGCAUUCCUGGAUCCAAUCACAGGCAAAAUGACAGGAGAAUCCUUUUCCAUAAAGUACCACGAUAUGCCAGAUGUUAUUGAUUUCCUUGUGCUGCAUCAGUUUUAUAAUGAAGCCAAAGAAAGGAACUGGCAAAUAGGGGAUAGAUUUCGCAGUAUCAUUGAUGAUGCCUGGUGGUUUGGGACUGUGGAGAGUCAGCAGCCUUUCCAGGCAGAAUAUCCUGAUAGUUCCUUCCAGUGCUACAGUGUCCACUGGGACAACAAUGAAAGAGAAAGGAUGAGUCCAUGGGACAUGGAACCGAUCCCAGAAGGAACUGCGUAUCCAGAGGAGGUCGGUGCUGGAGUUCCUGUGACCCCAGAGGAGCUGACAGCUCUUCUCUACAAACCCCAAGAAGGAGAAUGGGGGGCCCAUUCCAGAGAUGAAGAAUGUGAACGAGUAAUCCGGGGGAUCGAGCAGCUUCUUUCCCUUGACAUUUCUAAUCCCUUUGCUGUCCCAGUGGACCUUAGUGCCUAUCCCAUGUAUUGCACUGUUGUUGCUUAUCCAACUGACCUCACCACCAUCAGGAGGAGGCUAGAAAACAGGUUUUAUAGGAGAAUCUCUGCUCUGAUGUGGGAGGUAAGAUACAUUGAACACAAUGCCAGGACAUUCAACGAGCCAGACAGCCCCAUAGUCAAAGCAGCCAAAAUUGUGACAGAUGUCCUGCUCCGCUUCAUUGGAGAUCAGAGCUGUACUGAUAUAUUAGAAAUCUACAACAAGGUGAAAGCAGAAGACCUGAGCAGUACUGAUGAGGAUGAGGAGGUGGCAGAAGUAGAUGUGGAUUCAGACGCUCCAGGCACUUCCUCUGGGAAAAGACGAGUGAGACGAAGAGUGAAGAGGCAGCCCAUGAAAGCCAGUGCUGAUGCUUGGAAGGAGCAGUGCCAGCAGCUCUUAAACCUGAUUUAUGAACGAGAGGACUCAGAGCCUUUCAGGCAGCCUGUUGAUCUCUUCUCUUACCCUGAUUAUCGAGAUAUUGUAGACACUCCCAUGGACUUCAGCACUGUGAAAGAAACCUUGGAAGCAGGAAACUACACCAGUCCCUUGGAAUUCUACAAAGAUAUUCGUUUAAUAUUCUGCAACUCUAAAGCUUACACUCCUAAUAAAAAGUCUCGUAUUUACAGCAUGACCCUUCGACUCUCUGCCUUAUUUGAGAAUCACAUGAAAAACAUCAUCUCUGAGUACAAGUCAGCAAUGCAAUGUCAGAAAAGGAAAAGGCCUCGGUACCGAAAACGGCUGAGGAGCAGCAGCAGCUCCCCCUCAACCAGCAGAGCAUCCAGCCCAAAAGGGAAACAGAAGCAAAUGAAGAUUCAACCCAAACCCAACCAAAAUACCUCACUGCCCCUGACCAGGACUAACUCUUCAGUCUCAUCUCAUGUUUCAGAUACAGCAGAAGAACCUCUGGGUUCAGCCACUGGUGAAGAGCUGGAGGGUCAACCAUCUUCAUCAGGCUCAAAUGCACAGAGCCGGAGUGGAAAUGCUGUAGAUCCAGGGAAAAGCAGACCAGUCAGGAACAAAUGUACACCAGUGAAACAAGGUGAGAAAUACGAUCCUGUGCUUUCACUGACUGGUUUUACUAGAGAUGAAAAAUCUUGCUUCUGUCUGAUGUUUAUGAAGUUACUGCCUCAGUGUAGCUUUAUAUAUAUUCCUAAACCAUACCAAAAAAUUGAAUUUACUUCACUCCUUUACUCGGUGGGGUCCUGUCUGAGGUGUGGAAUGCAGAUGAUUCCAUGUGCAUUUCAGUGAAGUUGUUUAAAAUCUCUCCAGAUGGAAAACUUGAUUCCUCUUAGACUCCUACAGUUCCUUCAGGAGUUACAGAAAGCAAACAAACCAAGAGAAUCCCUACCCCCAAACCUUGGUCUUUUAUUAAUCAAGCUGAAAUCAAAGAUGAAAAAGUUUACAAAAACAUUGAAAUACUUUUCUCACAUGCAAAACAAAGUAGUUGUGAUUAGAAGGGAAACAGUUCAGGUGUGGUAAUCUCAGGGAUGUUACUCAGUUUCCACCAAGGUGGGCAGUACACAGGCAUUUCCUGAACCCUGGAUCCUUUCCCAAGUCCACAUUCCUGUGCUGUAGCAGUGCUGGAUGCUGCAGGUGAGCUUUUCCUGUCCUGUCUUAAAGAAAAUAUAUAAUCUUCAUUGUCAGAUUCAUAACCCUGAAAACAUGGAGGAUUUUGGGUCCCAAGCCAGCAAGACACUGGGUUUAAUUUUCAUUAAAGGGGUUCAGCAGUUCCAGUGAGCUUUCUUGGGUCACUGACUCUCU